AUGUCUGUUAUGGCCAUUGGAUACUUAACCUUCUUAAUGGAGGCAGUAUUACCUGCUGCUGGAUUGUAUCGUUUAGAUGUGAAUGUGAUCAACAGUAUUUACACUCAAUCUACCAUCUGGUGGAUCAGAGCAUGUCCCUCUGGGGCUGAGUACUUGAAUCUCAUGUUGUCCAAGAGAGAUCAGGAUAUCCCUUCCUGUGCCCCUCUGUCCACAGAAAUAGAGGAUAGGCAGCAGGAAAAAGCUUCCACCAAAUUCAUCCACAAUCACAAGCGAGGUGUUUGGAUCUAUUCUGACAAACAGGCCUAUGCAACGGAGGCAGACGUUACAUUUGUGGCAGUAACAGAAUUGCCAGAUCCACUAUAUUUUCACUGGCGGUUUGGGGAUGGACCAGAAAUACAAACAACAUCAAGAACCUUCACAAAGAGAUAUCAUGUCCCAGACAAGUACAAUGUCACUGUCCAUGUGUCUGUUGGUCUUACUUCUGUCAGCUCAGAUAUUUAUCCUGUCAUGAUUCAGAGAGCAGUGCUGCCCAACAGACUUCUGUUCAGUCCCUCAGUGUUAUUAAACAGCUCUGUGAGCUUCACGUGCAGGAUCAGCUCAGGAACUGACGUCUUCUAUCUCUGGAAGUUUGGAGAUGGCACAGAGCGAGAUGGAUCAAACACUGAGCAUCAUGUUUUUAACAGAACUGGAGAGUACAUAGUAGAGGUAAUUAUGUUCAACCUGGUGAGCUCAGCCUCUAUGACAGGGCAAAUCUUUGUUGUUGAAGAAUCAUGCCAGCCUCCUCCCGUGAAAAAUAUGGGCCCAAACAAAAUACAGGUGUGGCGUUAUCAGAGUGUGCGUCUUGCGGUGACCUUUGAGACACAAAUUCAGUGCAAUGUCUCCAGGAGUCUCUUGUAUAAAUGGACUGUAUAUGACUCAAGUGGACAGCAAUUGCUUCUUCCACACACAGAAACAGAAAGGCAAUAUAUUGAACUGCCAAAGUAUAUCCUUCAUUAUGGAACAUAUAAAGCUAUAGCAAAGGUCCAGGUGGCUGGUAAUGUGGUGUACAGUAACUACAGUGUUUUAAUUGAGGUGAUCCUCAGCCAUCCUGUCAGUGUCAUCAGCGAAGCCACAAAUAUUUUCAUCAAUCGUCAGAAUGACACCAUCGUUACUCUGGAUGGACGAAAAUCACAUGACCCAGAUUACCCUAAUAAUACAAUAAGUUACAGUUGGUCAUGCAGGCCAGUAAACACAGAAGAGAGCAGCUGCUUCAACAGGAACAUACUGACCACUUCAGCAGUACUUACAUUUCCUGCUCAUGUCUUAAAGCCUGGCUUUGACCUGUUUAAAGUUACUCUCACUGUGUACAGUGGGCAUCGAUCCUCCUCAUCUGAGAUGUUCAUCAGUAUAACAUCAAAAGUAUCCCGCAACAUUCAUCUGUCUUGUAAACCGUGUCAAGAAAAUGCAUUCAACUGGAAUGAGCAGUUUUCUGUCUCUGCUCUCUGUGAAAAUUGUGGUUAUGAUUCAAAAAAUGUCACCCAUUACUGGAAACUGUACCUGGUUAAUGCCUCAAGCAAAGUUGUUACAGAAGUCCCAUUCUGCAGCAUUAUGGAUCUAGAUUUUCCCUCUAAAAUGGAGGAUAUCUUUCAUCCAUCCCAAAACCCUGUUGUGACACCUUACACUCCAGCCCAUCUUUCUGAGCUCUCUGUUCCAGUGUCUCUGGCUCCCUCUCUUUUAUCUAAUGCCAUUGACCCCACUGCUUCAGUUACACAAGAUGCACUGACUCCAGUGAUACAUACAAAACCUAAUGUACACUUUCUAACUGCAAGUCCCACAACAAACACAUUCAAGCACGCAGCACUUUUGACCACCACACCGUCGCACCCUCUGUCCUUCCUUACAGAUGCAGAGUCUUCCGGGUUUCAGUGGGAGUACCAGGGGUCUCUACCACCCGCAUAUGGAGUGUCAUCAACUGAUGUGAUCUCUGAAUAUGAUUACUAUAAUUAUGGAAUUGAAGAGGCUGAUCCUGGUGUCCCAAUCGGCAGACCAACAGAAGUUGAUUCAGUGGGUUUUAGUUGGAAUGAAGAUUCAUUCCCUCACUCUCAUGACCAUGAGGGUGAUAACCUGGUGGACCCCAGCCUGCUUGACCAUGCAGUAUAUGAGAAAACCCUGUUGGAUCUGCACAGACAGCCAAUCCAUCCAGCUGUGUUUGAGUCUUACACUCUCACAGGAUUAUCCUCCUGGGUUGUCACAUUUAAACCUUUCAUGCUGAAACCAAAGAGUCUCUAUAUGCUUGAGGUGUUUGCAAGUUCUGGGGAGUGGCUGUGGGGGAAAAGUCAGCUGUUCUUCCACACACAAGCUGUUCCUGAGGGAAUGAGCUGCCAAGUGCAGCCCAGCACUGGCUUUGAAAUCCACACUCAUUUCAGUAUCUUCUGCUCCUCUGGAAAAGAGGAUCUCCUGUAUGAGUACAGUUUCAGUGUGGGAAACAGUCAGAGGAGAGUUCUUUACGAAGGUCGAGAUUUCCAACACUACUUUAGACUACCUAGUGGAGAUCCUAAAGAUGAUCACAAAGUUACAAUCUAUAUAAAAAUAAAGAAUAGAUUUGGAGCACCUACCAAACCAUGCCCUGUGACAGUUACUGUCCUGCCAAGCUUUCAGAGAAACUCAUCCUCUCAGCUCAACCCUGAUCAAGAACUGUAUAUAUAUGGAAUUGGUAACUUAACUAGUCUAAGUAUCAUCAGGAGCAACAGAGACAUCCUCAGCUUCAUUUCUCUUCUGAGCACAGUGCUGAACCGCCUGAGUUUGGACCAAGAGUCCUCUGUUGAGCUUCUGACGCUCACACGCACCGCCCUCAUUUCAGCUGUCUGUGAGCUGACCAUCACUGACCAGGGAGUUUUAUUUGAAAUAAUUUCCAGGCUAACUGAUUUGAUACAAAUAUCUAGUCAAGUGACUUUGGACAGUGCAAAACAAGUAACCCAGCAUGUUCAAGGCAUCUUAUCCCUAUUUCAUGAGUCUAAACUUCCAGCAGGCAAUAUAGUGGACAUUGGGAUGGUAAAUGCUCUGGUAACUCUCCUGUCUGGUGUCUUGGAAGCUUCAGUGCUUUCUUCCAGACCAGGACCCCAACUGAUCCACAAUGCUCUGAACACCAUCUCUGAUUUAGUGCUGAGAAAUAUGCUGUCUAGCAACGUCACACAGUACAGUGUGAGCACCAGUUUUAUGGAAUUGUUAGCCUGGAAGGACGACCAAUCUUAUGCUAUGGUGAAAACAUUUGGCCUCACCACGUUCCACCUCACUGAUUUUCUGGAGAUGCAAUUUCACCAAUGGAGCAGAAAUGACCAACACAAACCUUGUGUUAUUACUUGGCUCACAGUGUACAAGCAGAGCCCAUACCGCUGGACUAGAGCCUCCAUGCAGCUCAGUGGGGAAACAGCAGAUAUUCGGCUCUACAACUGCACCUCUCGGAAGGAAAUCAAAGUGCGACACCUGUCCACACCAGUCACCAUUGAAUUUGAGAGGAAAGAGGAGAUAAAAAGUAGACAUACAGAGUUCACUCUUCUGCAUAGUCAGGUGAACACUCAUCAGUUCAACGUCACACCACAGAUCCUCCAGAGGGCCCUUCAGAUCACUGUGCGAUUCAACAGGCCAGCUGAACGUCCUUUCCCCAUCCUGCUACUUCUCAGGUUGUAUGAUCAGCCAACACCUAAUCUGUACAACAAACAGAAAGUAUAUUCCUGGAAAGGACAGACUGCACACAUCUUCCUCCAUUCAUCUUCUUUGCAUGCUGCUGGCUCCGUCUACCUGAUGCUGCUCAGUGCAGAUUAUAACAAAAGCCCAAGUAACAAAUACAUUGCCAAUGCAGUGAACUACACACUAGACAUUGAGUCUGUGGAGUGUUUGUCCUGGGACAGUGUGAGAGAGUGGAAACCAAGUGGAUGUUUUCCUCAUGGUGGGGUUUCCCCAAAGAGGAUCCUCUGCAGCUGCAACCACCUGGCAUCACUUGCUGUAUCACAUCAGAGAAUAAUUAACAGCUACAAGUCUGCAGAUGUUUCACAGUUCAUCCACUCCAAUACCAACUACACACUGAUAAUUGUGUCAGUAAUAUUCCUGGUUCUCUAUAUGGUGAUGCUGGUUAUCUGUAGAAAAGCUGAUGCUUCUAAACAGAACCCUACUGGCUCAUUCCUGCUACCAGAAAACAAUCCAUCUGACCAGUUCCUCUAUGCUGUCACCAUAGAUACAGGGUUUAGAUCCAGGAUCAGGAUGACAGCAAAGGUUCACAUUGUUCUAUAUGGAGAAGAAAGUGUCUCUCAAACAAGGGAGCUCAGCAGCCCUGACUUAAAAGUUUUUACCUGCAACUCCAGGAGCACUUUUAUUUUCAGCACUCCGGAGAGUCUGGGUCGAGUUUGGAAGGUGCACCUUUGGCAUGAUAAUGGAGGUUCUUCUCCCAACUGGUACUUGAGUCAUGUGGUUGUAAGAGACCUGGUCAAGGGUUCCUGCUGGUUCUUCCUGGGCCAGUGUUGGCUGGCAGUGGAUGAGGGAGAUGGAAAAGUUGAGAGAAGUCUCACUGGAUCUGAAUGCGGCCUGACAUUUAAACAGUUUCUAUAUUUGAAACUCACAGAGUACCUGGAGGACUUUCAUCCAUGGCUUUCUGUCUACAGUCGCCCGUCUUACAGCACGUAUACACACGCUCAGCGUUCAAGUGUGUGUAUGCUGCUUCUGCAGGGCUACAUGUUUGUCAGCGCGGUGCUCGUAUAUCUUUGGGAGGAACAGCACUUCUUAGAGAUGGGCCUUAUUGAUGUUUCGCCAGUCUCCAUGGUAACAGGCCUGUGCAGUAGUCUCGCUGUGAUGCCGGUAGGGUGUCUGGUGUCCCUGGUGUUCCGUGUCAGCAAGACAAGCAGAUCCAAAGGUGUGUCUGAAGAGCAAUAUAAAAUCAAAGUGCCUCAAAUCUACUCUGUAGAAGAUCACCAUGAUGCACUGAUGAAUGAUUGUGCAUUUGAGUCUUAUAUGUCCAGGAAUACAGUCUCCCAUGGGACUCAGGGCUCAUGGACAAAGGAAAAUAAGUAUGGUACUCCGAAUCGGAAAACAUCUGAUUCAGUGUCUGCAUCAAAACUGCAAGGGGACUCUGACUCCAUCUUUGAGAUUGUAGAAGAUUCAUUGCCUGAUGUCAACAACAGAUCACAUGACAAAAGCAAAUGGAAUCAGUCUGAUCUCAGACCAUGCACCUCUGCAGAAAAUCAGCAGGUUUGUGGUGGCCAAAUUAGAAGUCUUCGAUCCUGGUGUUAUUAUGUGGGCUGGACCCUCUGCCUGUCCAUCUCUCUUGCAUGUAUCAUCCUCACUGGAACUCUUGGAAAAAAGUUCAGCAAGACAAAGAGUCUUAUGUGGGUUCAUUCUGUGUUCUUUUCUUUUGUCUGCUGUGGCUUUGUAUUGCAUCCAGCAAUGAUACUUAUAAUAGCAAUCAUAGUGUCUCUGAUGCAUCGGAAAAAAACAGAUUGGUUCCAGAGUCUGAGUACAGGAGCUCUCAGUGGCGCUUACUCUCUAAUUGGAAGUCCAGUCAUUAGAAAGAUUGAGAGCUCAUAUAACUCAUCAUGCCAGAUUUUAAACUUGAUGGACAAGAACAACAAUAGAUGCUCUAUAGUACACUCUGUGGGUGCAGAUUUGAACUCCAGCUCUCACAACCAAUCUGUCUCAAAUGCGCACUUCCUUUGUGGAAAAUUUAGGUGUUACGACAAGGGAAAAAUAGUGAGCAUCAACUUGGAAAAGACAAGGUCCAAAAUGGUGAAGUUGAUUAAAAACCUUCAGGCAACUGGCUGGAUGACUCCAUUCACCCAUAUUGUAAUGAUCCAGUUAAUCUUAUACAAUGCACCCAGUAACCUCUUCACAUCAACCACCAUUCUAUUAGAGCAAACCCCAAUAGGAGCCCUAAUACCUUCAGUCAGCGUACAGUCCACCAGACUGUACCAUUUCCCUGCUGUACUUGACUACUGUGUUAUGACCUGUGAGGUGACAGUGAUCAUCUGCAGUCUUUUUCAUUAUAUCUGCUCUGUGUACCUUUUUGUGCUAAAAACAGAGAUGAUACAUUUUCUGCAGAGAGGAGAUUUUAAAUCAUAUGUUGAUUUAAGUCCCAUCUUCUUGUGUGAGCAGCUUUCUCAAUCACUCCUUGGUAUUGUUGUGGGCUUUCUACUCCUGAAAUGUGUGCUCUUUCUACGGCUAAACAAAGCAGUGGCAGCAGCUGUGUCUACUUUGAAGCAGAUCUUCUCCAACCUGCUUUGUUUACUGGUAUCUGGUGUUAUAGUUGCAGUGGCCUUCUCCUGUUUGUGGACCCUGAUCUUUCAUUCAUUCCCAUCUACUCUCAGCAGCUUCAUGAGAUCUGUUUAUUUAGUCUACACUCGCUCCUUUAGCAUGAGCCGCUUCAGUGAAAUUGAUCACCAAACAAAAGUUCCUCUGACACUUUACUUUGGAGUUUUAUUUUGCACGAUGAUUCCACUGAAAGCCAUGGUAAUUAGCACCCUUACCAUUUUUGCGAAACAAACAAAGAGGACUAAAAUGAUAAAGCAUCUAACCACUAUCUAUGAGUUGAUCUCUUAUGUCAAAGAUAUGGCUUUACUUCUCAUUGGCAAAGGAAAUCACAAGACUGCAGACCAUCCUGUCCACACAACGAGCUUAUAUUUGGCAGAGUUUGAGGAUCUCAUGGAUGAACUGUUGUUUCAUCUCAGUGCCAUGUCAGACAGUCUCCACAACACCCUCCCAGUCAAAGAAAAUUUGUUUGAAACCCAGAGCAAUUUCUCUUUCCUAAUUUCUCAGCAUGGCCAUAGCUCAGACUAUGAGAGUGCAGAUUUUGAUGUGAACUGUUUGAGCAGCCAGAAGAUGAAACACAGACGACACAUGGACAUGAGUUGUGUCUCAUAAUUAUCAUAUGAGGAAAACACAUUAAGGUCAUCACUUGAUUGCAGAAUGCCACAAAUCCAAGGAAAAACGCAGGUGUGGAGCCUUUCAAGAGGGACAACAGAUUUCAAAAACCACGUCAAAGAACCUCUCAGAGAGUCUGAAAAAUCCAUCGCUUCUUCAAGCAAGAAGACCCAUUGUGCCUCAGAUGAGUGGAAGGGCAUUGUGUGUUCUAAAAAGAUACCUGACCCAGUCAGGAUGGGAGAUACCAUGGCAAUGUUCCCAGAGGUCAAGGCCCCACACAAAUUAAAAGGCACACUGUUCUAAACACUCAGCCUUCCAAAGUGAUUAUGGGUCAGGCAGCCCAAGGCAAUGCAACGGGACAGUCAUAUGUGUUUAAUGUAUUGCCCAUUGAGGGAAUGGACAAUUAUACUAUGGAAGAACAAACAAUUAU